AUGUCGGUCGGGGGAGCAGCUGCGGCAGAGGCCGAGGCAGAGGCAGAAGUCAGCUGUAACAACACCGCCGAUGCCAACGCCUCAAACGAGUUGGUUCCCAGCCACCAACUACAGCGUCCACAGCACCCAGGGCACCCACCGGAUCAGGCACAGGCCCCGAAGGCCGCCCCUACAACCACAGCGGACCUAGACCUGGGAUUCUCUGACGUCUCCAGUCCCCAUCUUUUCCAGCUGCAGGCCCCAUUCGGAGUCGUAAACAACAACAACAUCGCCAAUACCGAUAACAAUCCUACUACCACAGGAUCGCCCGCAAGUGCAGUGCACAAUAAUUCGACAAUUUCCCGUCUCGCAUCGGAGUCCGGCUCGCCCAUCGCAAACAAAACCAUCCAACCGCGCAAACCCUCGCCCGGUUUGACUGCACGCCUCAAGGCACUUGGUUUGGCCACUCACAAGAAGUCAGCAGAUCCGCUUCCCAAUCAACAAGACAACAUUGGCCGCUUGCCCGAAGAUCAAAUCCGCCAACUCGACGAAAACCAUAAGACGAACUCCGGCGAUUCGAUAAUACAUCGUCGUGGCCGCCCGUGGAAGGGUAUACUGCACCACAAAUUUUCGGAAGCUUCAAACACAUCAACAAACGCAUCAAUAGAACGGCCCGGCACUGAAGCACCGUCGUCCACCACAGACGUUGCCCUGGGCGCGUCUCUUGUCCUACCGGAGAUCAUAACAACAGAACCGCUGGACAUGGAGACACACAAGUACCGCUUGCCCGACCACACCAAUGGAAACGGCACUAAGGUCCAGCUCGAGACACGACGAGAGCAUCUCGAACGAAGCGCCUCACAAACAUCCACUGAUCAACCACCUCCUCCGCCGCCGAAGGACACGCCGCCCGUCCCGCAAGCCGAAUUCACACCCGACCUAGCCUCUUAUUUAAAUCCUAGUCACCAGCGACCAGGCUCCAUCUACACACUUUCGCGCGCCUCGUUCGCUAACCAGUUAGCUCAGCUAACUUCUUUGCAACUUCCCGAUGCUGAGUCACUUUCAAGCAAAGUCUCCGCGAUCCCGACCGCCCAGAUCGCAUCAAAGGCCCUUAUCAACGCUGCCGAGCAAAUCCGGAGCUGGAUUUACAAGGCUUCAGAGGUCAUCGGUGGCCUGGACAGUGAUGAUGACGUCGAAUGGGCAGCUGCGGGUGGCCGCGAAGGUCUGGAAGAAGUUGAGAACGCCAUUUAUCGCUUCGAGGAGUUGAUCAAAGUCUAUGUUAGUGCCAUCGAAGAGUUGCAAUGUCGUGAGGACAUAGCCGAUGUUCCGCCUACCGACCUUCAUCGUGCCGUUUCCCAGAUGGAGUCCAUCAUCGAAGAGUGGGCCAACAUAAAAGCAACCCUGAACACCGUCAAAGGCCAGGUGGAAAUUGCAAUGGAGUGGGAAGAGCUUUGGAAUUUAGUCCUCGGAGAUAUUCAGACUGAAAUGGACGAACUGAGUCGCCUGGUGUUCGAGAUGGAAGAGCGUCGCCAUAAGUCCCUGAUGGCUGCAGCGACUGGCGACGGCGUUGAUAUAGGAGAUCUGGAAAACAUCGUGGAGGAUACUCCUCCCCCAGUGUCAAAGACGCAAGCUCAGACGCGGUUCAGUUUGACAGGCUUGGCUCUCAGCCCUGGAUCAACAUCACCAAGCACACCCACCUUGUCGCAGGAUGACUCGAGUCUGUUGGCGUUGUUUGCGAGAAUGCAACCUUUGCGCGCAUCACUAGACUUCCUCCCUAUGAGACUCGCUGUUUUCGCAGCCAGGGCUGAGAAGUCCUUCCCGACAGCUUGCGAAGAAUUGGAGAUGCGACGCGCUGGACUCGAUGGCAGCUACAAGAAGUUGGAAAAGGAUGCUGAAUCCCUGCGGAAAGAGUUGGGUGAGGAUCGAUGGGUCCUGGUUUUCCGUGGCGCUGGACGCCAGGCCCAGAAGAUGAUCGAAUCUGUCGAAAGAUCUAUGAAGAAGUUGAGAGAGGGUGUCGACACUGGCGUGCACUUGAGCAGUCCGCCUACGAUGAGCAAGAAGAUUGAAAGUUACGAUGCCAAGAAGACUCAUUACGGCCCUGCCAUCGAACGAGUUUUGGCCAUCAUUGACAAGGGCGUUAAGGAUCGACUCACAGUCAACGGUGAGAUCCUGCGACUUCACGCGGAGAUGCAGUCCAAGUGGGAGUCGAUCAAGGACGAAAUGAGAGAGAUGGAUGUGGUGGUUGAUGAGGUUCAAGCGGACAAUCGGGGCCAGCAGUUGAGAGACUCCAUCUCGAGCAUGUUAUCGAAUGAUCGCUCAACAAUUGGCAGCGGUCGCGAGACUCCGGGCAGUUCACCUCCUUCAUCAGUCAUUAUGUCAAGCCUUGGCUUUGAACCUAUGACACCCACGCCCAAGAUGGCGAAGAAUCGUUCGGCGAGUAGUGGCCAUCUGCCGCAGCCUUCGGGACGGCGACAGUCGUCAUUGCCGACGCCGUCCCAGGUCACGCGCAAGCCUUUGACUUCCCGACUGUCGAGCAUGACCUCGAGACUUGGCACCCCAUCUGCGGCUAGCAUCCCUAGACCUCACUCGACGCUACCAAACCGCCCUAGAUGGAACAGCUCAACAAAUACCACGGAUGUCGGCAUUGGACAUAACUUCAAGCCUCUCAGCCUCACAUCACCAAGCCCGUAUGCUAAAAGUACAUCGCCUGUUGUUCGUCCACCUUCUUCUUUAACUCCACGAUCAUCGUCGCCUGGUGGCAGUAGACUACCUACAAUUCGCGGUCCGUUCAACCGAGACUCUUCCGCAUCGCCUAUGCCCGAAGAUACCCCUACUAAGAGACCUCCCUCUAAACUAUCGUUCCGCGAGCGAUUGGCCUCUCCUGGUCCGUAUUCCCAGCAAAUGCUGUCAAAGCCACGCCUGUCCUCGUCUGUUUCGACAUCUGGCUUAGAAUCCCAGUCCAGCCGGCGUGCUUCUCUGCAGCCACCCAGAUCUCAUUUGACUGCCGACGACAGACGACCAAGUCGCCCCGCCAGCUCUCUCGCUUCGACUCGGCGAACCAGUUUGUUGCCCCAGCCCAAAGCCCCGAGCGCAACAACUGGCCGAGAAACACCCUCUUUCGGCAUGACGCCUCGCAGUGCCACCCGCAAGACUCUGCCAGAGUUGUCUAAAAGUACUUCAGCUGCGAGUAGUAAGCCCCGAUGGCGGGCCUAG